AUGGCUGCCAGUUCUGUCAACUGCGAGGCUGCUUUCCUCAAUUUUUAUGCCGAAUUUGGGCGAAACAGGUAGGUAUUUUCUCUUUUUAUUUUGAGUUUUUUUAAAGUAAUAUUUUUCAGAAGCCCCUUUAGCGUUUUCCUCUGAUUAUUUGUUUAGAUUUGGGAAAACACCCCAGGGUCUCACAAAUCUCCUUCGCACGGCAGGGAGAAAGCCUGGAGAAAUCGCUGAAAGGAUGCUGCAUCGCAUCUACUCUAGACUAUACAAAAUUAUGUGGGUAAGUGACUUGAGUAUAAUUUAAUUUUAAGUUCUCGAUAGUAAAAAGAUGUCCCAAAUGUUUCUCUAUCUUUGCGUGGUGGUUGCACAACAUAUCCUCGUGGGAAAUUAUUGCAUUCUCAUCCAUUGUACUAAGCUAAAUAAGUGCUUCGCAUUUUACUUAGUUGUAUCACUGGAGCAAAUGCAAAUCGCUUAUAUAUUGAAAACAUUUUUGAUGUUGUUGUAGAUGAAUUUUUCAAUUCCUUCUUCAGCAUGGAUGUAAAAUUGGCCGAGGUCAAUUUACUGGGGGUCAACCCACCUUUGUAUUCCCAGAAUGUGUGAAGAAAGUGGUGUGCACCAUUAUACAAGAGGAUGUCCGCGACUACAAGGAUCCAGUUGGUCCCCACGUAAGUUAACGCUUCUGAUUUUAUAUGGUAUCAAUGACUAUGCAAAGGCAAGACCAAUCCCUCAAUGUUCGUUUUGCUUAUGAGCUCAUUCAAUGUUCCAAUGGUUUGACUGCUGUUCAAUCAAGAGAAACAUUUUUCCUGUAAACCUUCAAACGUUGAAAAUUUGAGAAAACGUAUGUUACAAUACAAGGCUGUGGCUGUAACAUGUUUGAUUGUUGAUGACUUCUGUGUGUUCUUUAGGUAUAUCACAUCACAUUGCAAGACCUGGUAGACACAAAGUGGCCAGCAAUAAAAAAGGAAAAAAAUAAGAAGAAUUAAUUUUUAUCAUCUGUAUUCUUUAGACUGUACGAAUUAAAAAAGUAUUUUAUCAUAAAGCCAUCGUGUAUUGCUGUUAUCCUAUGCUUCUUUUAACGAAGCAUUUGAAAUCAAUGCCUAUGCACACAUUUUCUGCCAUCAGAGCAUUUUUUGUUGUGUUUGAAAAUAAUAAUAACGAUUAUUGUUAUGGCUGCAAUGCUACUGAAAUUUUGUGGCUUGAUUUUACCCUUGGUUUAAUUUUUUUUGUUUCAACCUCAUAAAUCAUAGUAACAUUACCAUGCCCAAGGACAAAGUAAAAGAACAAAAACAUAAAAACAUAACGUUCUUCACUAAAUGAUCUACUCCAGUUUCCUCAGCGCCUAGCAAAGACUGUGCCAACGACUUAUCAAUAUGUUAAUCCCUACUACAAGAACGUGCAAGAUUGCUAGUGGACAGCUAGUCUUUCUCUUUUUUUUCCUUAAUUUUUCUUACCACAAACUUUAAAGUCACCCCUCUUUACUACAACAGACGUCUUUUACAACUAACCCUUCCAGAAUGAAGAAAUCUUGUAAAAAGUGCUUACAUGAGGGAGAUUUCAUGACUUGGGCCAUAAGUUUUAUUGACUGGGAAAACAGAGGCAAAAAAAUAAGUAGUCUUACUCCUUGCUUAAAUGCUUCAAGGCCUCUCCUUCAACAGCAUUUAUGUGAAGCUAUUUCUUGCAGAAAUAAAGUAUAGUAAAAGGCCAUCAGAAGGGUAAAAAACAAAAGAAAGAGUGUUUACUUUGAUUUUUCCUAUUUUUUCUUUCCAUAUUAUUUCUGUAAGUAACUUUCGGUAACAUUGAUAGGAUUACCUUCCUAUUACCUUUAUACAGAAAUACCAGACAAGCCUGAAAUCCAGGGAAGAUGAUGACUCUUCACUCAAAGCAGUAAGGACCGUUUUCGAACCCUCAAGUGAGCUUGUCAAUUUAUUCAAUGACAGGCUCUCGAUUACCUUCACCAAUGAUGCACACUAG